UCUAUUCCAUUCACAACUUCCAUCACUUCUCUCCUCCAUUCACAACUUCCAUCACUUCUCUCCUCCAUUUAAAACUUCUAUCACUUGACUGAGCUGUCCGUCCAGACUCUUGAAGAAACUGAAGAAGCAGUGUCCAUGACCAACACAAUGACAUCAACGGUCCUCAUCAGCUUCCUGGCCUGUCUGAUCCUGGUCAAUGUUGAAGGCCAGGUGGGUCAUUCUAAAUCUCGGUGCCAGUGUCUGAAUGGAAUGGUGAACCGUGUAAAACCUCUUCUCAUUGAGAAGCUUGAAGUGUACGCCCCAAGCCACUCCUGCCAGCACAUGGAGAUCAUUGUCACUCUGAAAAACGGAGAAGGGAAAAAGUGUCUGAAUCCAGAGGCUCCAAUUGUCAAGAAUAACAUUGAGAAAUGGAUGAAAAACCAAAGGAGUGUGCAGUAAAUCUGUGAACUAAUGACACCAGUUCCAUUGAGAACUUGAUGGAACAGAGAGCACCAUGAGAGGGUGCUAUUCCUGAGGAAUGACCACAGUUGAGUCAAUGCACUGAAGACUGCCUGAAUAUAUGUUUACACUGUUUAAUGGUAAUUAGAGAGUCUUUUUUUUUUUUUUUUUUUUACAAAAUUAGUAUAUGUUACACAAUAUGACUUACUA